UCCAGUUCGGGGAUUCGGGGUGGGCCGGUCCCCAGCCUCAGCUGACUAGCAGGCUAGGCCGGGGAUCAGUGCUGGGGCAACAAUGAAGUGCCUGGUCACGGGCGGCAACGUGAAGGGUGAGUUUGGCCGGCCUGGCUGCGGGGCACGUGAGCCGAGGCGCCAGCCUAACCUCCUCUCUGCUCUCCUCCCCGCAGUGCUCGGCAAGGCCGUCCACUCCCUGUCCCGAAUCGGGGACGAGCUCUACCUGGAACCCUUGGAGGAUGGGCUGUCCCUCCGGACCGUGAACUCUUCCCGCUCUGCCUAUGCCUGCUUCCUCUUUGCCCCACUCUUCUUCCAGCAGUACCAGGUGGCAAGCCCUGGUCAGGACCUGCUGCGCUGUAAGAUUCUGAUGAAGUCCUUCCUGUCGGUCUUCCGCUCUCUGGCCACGCUGGAAAAGACUGUGGAGCAGUGCUGCAUCUCCCUGAAUGGGCGGAGUACCCGCCUGGUGGUCCAGCUGCACUGCAAGUAUGGGGUGAAGAAGACUCACAACCUGUCCUUCCAGGAUUGCGAAUCCCUACAGGCAGUCUUCAACCCAGCCUCGUGUCCUCAUGUGCUACGGGCUCCAGCACGAGUACUGGGAGAGGCCGUUCUGCCCUUCCCCCCUGCACUGGCUGAAGUGACGCUGGGCAUUGGCCGAGGCCGCCGAGUUAUUCUGCGUAGCUAUCAGGAGGAGGAGUCAGACAACACCAUCAAAGCCAUGGUGACUGAGAUGAGCAUUGGGGAGCAAGAUUUCCAGCAGUUGCAGGCCCCAGAAGGGGUGGCUAUCACUUUCUGCCUCAAGGAAUUCCGGGGGCUCCUGAACUUUGCAGAGUCGGCGAACUUGCCUCUUACCGUUUACUUUGAUGCUCCAGGCAGGCCAGCCAUCUUUACUAUCAAAGACACUCUGCUGGAUGGCCACUUUGUCUUGGCCACACUCUCAGAGCUGGAACCACACUCCCAGUACCAGGGCUCUCCAGAGCUCCACAGGCCAGUGCCUCAGCUGCAGGCUCACAGCACACCCCAGCUGGAUGACUUUGCCAGUGAUGACAUUGACUCUUACAUGAUUGCCAUGGAAACCACCGUAGGCAGCACAGGCUGUAGGGCACAGCCUUCCGUUUGCCUUUCACCUGGCCUCCAGACUUCCCAUGACCCUGACCCCCACUCAGAGGAUGACGAAGCUGAGCCCAGUACUGUGCCUGGGACUCCCCCACCCAAGAAGGUAGGGGAUGGAGGUGGGGGCAAGUGCUGGAAGGUUAGGAAGGGAGCAGCCUCCAGGACUCACUUGUCGUCUUCUGUUCUCUUUCCAGUUCCGCUCACUGUUUUUUGGCUCCAUCCUAGCCCCGGCCCACUCCCCUCAGGGCCCCAGCCCCGUGCUGGCUGAAGACAGUGAUGGUGAAGGCUGAACUGACAACCUGAAGGCUGUCUAAAAGCUGUGGACUAGAAAGAGCCCCAGCCAGAGCAGGGCAGGGGCUCAGCCCCAGGUGUGGUAUAGGGGCUAUGCUGGCAGCCUGCUCCACCUGGCAGGCUGCUGUAGAGCUGCUGUGCUGACCAUGUCUGACCUGACUUCCCCCAACCUCUUUCUGAGGCCUGGUGCAGACCUGCCACCAGACAGGAGGGGCCUCACCUCUUAUUUACCAUGAAGCCUCAGGCCAGGCUCCAGCCAUCUGGCCAGGGCUGAAAGCCUGCCUUGUUCAGGCUCACCUCUAAGAAAAAAAUCACAGUGCUGAUCCACCCCCUCUGCCAAUCAUGAACUGCUCUCCCUCAAACACUGGGCACACCUUUGGGACACUCCCCCCACCCCCCUUCGACUUGGCUGGCACAGGUCAUUUCUCCUGUUUUCCUACACUUUGGCCCUGGUUAGGAAUUCUAAGUGCCUCUGGAUC